CUCUCUCUCUCUCUCCACAUGAAGAAUGCUGCAUCCAAAUCCAUAAAUCCCUGCGACAGCCGUGCCGUGGCCAACUUUUACGCAACCCAGCUCCAUCUAUGCUGCCCGCACAGCCCCACCUCGUACCCCCACGCCCGUCGCGUCCACGCCCACAUGACCACUUCUGGCUUCAAACCCCGUGGUCACAUCCUCAACCGCCUCAUUGACGUCUACUGCAAAUCCUCCCACCUCGUCUCCGCCCACCAACUGUUCGACAAAAUUCCCCUACCGGACAUCGUCGCAAGAACCACAAUGCUCGCCGCAUACUCUGCUUCUAGAAAACCAGACGUGGCCCUGGAGAUAUUUAACACGACCCCGUUGAGGAUGAGGGACACCGUCUUCUACAAUGCCAUGAUCACGGCCCACUGCCAUGACGAGGACGGUCAUGCCGCUAUCGAACUCUUUCGUGACAUGAGGCGGGAGGGUUUCCCGCCCGAUAACUUCACUUUUACUAGCGUCCUGUCCGCGUUGGCCCUCGUAGCGGAUCGAGAAACCCAUUGCCAGCAGUUGCAUUGUGCAGUUGUGAAGUCAGGAACUGGGUUGGUGACUUCGGUCGUGAAUGCGCUUAUAUCGGUUUACGUGAAAUGUGCAUCUUCUCCGUUAGUGUCUUCGUCUUCGUUGAUGGGUGCUGCUAGAAAGCUUUUUGAUGAGAUGCCCAUGAGAGAUGAAUUAACAUGGACUACAAUCAUUACGGGUUACGUCAGGAAUGGUGACCUGGAUACAGCUCGUCGAGUUUUUGAAGGGAUGGAAGAGAAGUUAGUGGUUGCUUGGAAUGCCAUGAUUUCAGGUUACGUGCAUAAUGGCUUUGUGAGUGAGGCAUUGGAAAUGUUUAGAAGGAUGAAUCUAUCGGGAAUAAAGCUUGAUGAAUUUACAUACACUAGCGUUCUUAGCGCUUGUGCUAGUGCUGGAUUGUUCCUCUUUGGGAAGCAAGUGCACGCGUACAUUCUACGAAUGGAAGACGAACUUUCGCGGGACUUUUCAUUGUCUGUUGAUAAUGCACUUAUUACCUUGUACUGGAAAUGUGGCAAAGUAGAUGAAGCACGUAUGAUUUUUAAUAACAUGCCCGUAAGAGACCUUGUUUCGUGGAAUGCAAUUUUAUCAACGUAUGUGAGCGCUGGGCGAAUUAAUGAAGCUAAGUCCUUUUUCAUUGAGAUGCCAGAGAGGAACCUUUUGACAUGGACAGUAAUCAUAUCAGGAAUGGCCCAGAAUGGGUUGGGGGAAGAAGGUCUGAAGUUGUUUAACCAGAUGAAGUUAGAGGGAUUAAAGCCAUGCGACUAUGCAUUUGCAGGAGCUAUUUCUUCUUGUGCUGUGCUUGCAGCAUUGGAGCAUGGACGCCAGCUCCAUGCACAGCUUGUCCGAUUAGGGUUUGAUUCAAGCCUCUCAGCUGGCAAUGCACUAAUAACUAUGUACGCAAGAUGCGGUGUUGUUGAGGCUGCGCACUGUUUGUUUCUGACAAUGCCUUUUGUGGAUUCAGUUUCUUGGAAUGCCAUGAUUGCUGCUUUAGGGCAACACGGGCAUGGUGCUCAAGCUCUAGAGCUUUUUGAACAGAUGUUGGAGGAAGAAAUAUUACCUGAUCGGAUAACCUUCCUCUCUAUUCUCUCUGCUUGUAGCCAUGCAGGUUUAGUUAACCAAGGACGUAGUUAUUUCAAUGCCAUGAAUGGAUUAUAUGGUAUACGCCCAGAUGAAGAUCAUUAUGCCCGGUUGAUUGAUUUGUUGUGUCGAGCUGGAAAAUUCUCUGAAGCAGAGGACGCAAUCCAAAGACUGCCUUUUGAGCUAGGUGUACCAAUUUGGGAGGCUCUCCUUGGUGGUUGCCGAAUUCAUGGGAACAUGGAUUUAGGGGUCCAGGCGGCAGAACGAUUAUUGGAGCUGAGGCCUCAACACGAUGGAACGUACAUCCUUUUGUCGAACAUGUAUGCUGAUGUGGGUCGAUGGGAUGACAUGGCAAAAGUAAGAAAGUUGAUGAGGGACAGAGGGGUUAAGAAGGAGCCCGGUUGUAGUUGGGUUGAGGUUGAAAACAAGGUACAUGUAUUCUUGGCGGAUGACACAGCACACCCUGAGGUGCAAGCAGUGUACAACUAUCUUGAAGAGUUGGGAAUGAAGAUGAGGGAAUUAGGGUGUGUUCCUGACACCAAGUAUGCUUUGCAUGAUGUGGGGUCCGAUAAAAAACAACAUGGUUUAUCAACUCACAGUGAGAAGCUUGCAGUUGUAUUUGGUCUCCUAAAACUUCCUCAUGGAGCCACAGUUAGGGUGUUCAAGAACCUUAGGAUAUGUGGGGAUUGCCAUAAUGCGUUCAAGUUCAUGUCAAAGGUGGUAGAAAGAGACAUUGUUGUGAGAGAUGGGAAGAGGUUUCAUCAUUUUAGGAAUGGUGAAUGCUCUUGUGGCAAUUACUGGUGAGCUGGGUUUUGUAAGAAUUUAUCCACCUGUGGGCAGUUAAGGAGAAAUGCAUCAGGGUUUUAUUGAAGACAAGGCGUGACAUGACAUCAUUUUUCUCAUCCUGAAACAAAUGCAUUUGUUAUGAAAGAACUACGGGGAAGCGGUUGAGCUUUUUGUAGAAGAGAAAGAAGCUUGAGAAGGAUCACCCGCAGGUUUAAGAUCAGGGAAGGAGUGACUGGUUGCACAAUCAGAAUGAUUCCAUUUUGUCCUUGGUUCUCAGCGCCAAAGAACUUUCUGGCUUUGUGGGAUAUUCAAUUUAGCUUCUCAUAUACAGAGUCUCCGUUAUGCAUAUAGAUUGCAAGCUGAUGAAAGGACAGAUUCUUGGUAGUUUGCUAUCAGCACACUGACCACAGGGAGAAUUUUGUCUUCCAGAAAAGCAUUAUUUCCCCAUCAAAGUUCUUUUCCUUUUUUUGACAUGCAAAAUUUCGUUUGGAGAAAUAUCGUUUUACUGAUUCAACACUUCUCUGGGUGGAUCAAUCUUUGGUGCAGCUACCAUGAUACUUCAACGUGAGCGGUCCUGUGGUUAUGCCAGAUGUACAAGGCGGAACUUGGGUGUAAUGCUACACAAAGCAGGUGGACGAGGAACGAGCCAAAGAAAGAAGUUACUGUCUCAGUUGUCUAUGGCAUUAGCAGGGGCAGAGGCAAUUGCGUUUGCUAGGAAAGCUCAACAUGGCUAGUUACGGAAAAUGGGAGACCCUUAUUUGACUCAUUGUAUACACGCAGGAAGAAUCAUAGCAGUAUUGGUUCCAUCAACUGGAAAACAAGCUAUUGAUACAGUUGUGUCCGGGAUUCUCCAUGACAUGGUUGAUGAUACAUGUGAAAGUUUGGACAGCAUAGAAAGAGAGUUUGGUGAUGACGUAGCAAAGUUGAAAGCUGGAGUUUCCAGGUUAAGUUAUGUCAAUCUGUUGUUGAGGAGACACUGGAGGGUUAACAUGAGUCACGGCACCCUUGGUCAUGAAGCGGCAAAUAAUUUACGAGUCAUGCUCCAGGGCAGGGUUGAUGAUCCACGUGUGGAGCUGAUCAAGCUUGCUGAUCGUCUGCAUAACAUGAGGACCAUGUAACGGCUCUAUGCUCCUUUCAUGAUUUUUGCUGUUUCAUGUUGGUAAUAGAUGGAGUUCUUUGUAUUUCUUGAUGCGGUUCUUCGGACUUUAAAAUGGUUCUCUCAAUUUCACUUCUCUUUUGUAAUUUUUCAAUAAGGUUGUAUUGAACUUAUGGAUGUCUUGUUUUGUUUAAAUGGUAUUGGAACUAUGGAAUUUUCGUUUAGUCCACAUUUUGCCAUUUAUAUUUGGACAAAAAUUGAAAAAAAUAUAAAUAAAUAUACACGUGGCGUGUCUCCCGCAGUGUCCGUGUCCCCAUUUUUUUA